CCUGUUUGGAUGCGCGUGUGUGCGUGUAUGUGCGUGUGUGUGUGAGUUUGAGAUAGAGAGAGAGAGGGAGGGAGAGAGAGAGAGAGGUUGCGACAGGUGUACACCAAACAGGUAGCUGCGCCUUGGUUUUUUUUUCUUCCACGGGACGAACGUAUUCCCCCCUGCCUGGCCGAGAGCAGAACAGAACAACAAGUGACGAAGAUUAAAGGAUUUAAACAUUUUACAAAGGAACAAUUGGGUGGUUUUUCCCUUCCAUCUCGCGGGCUAGAGCGCGAUCUAAAGGUUUAACGCACAGACGACGCACGGCCCUUCCCCCGGAGCGUCCAUUUGGAGAUAUUGUCCUUUUGGGGGGGUGUGUUGCGUUUGAUCUACUUAAAGGGGUUACUUUAAGUUCUUGAUUGUGUUCUCGCUUCCCACCCGCUGACCGGGGCUGAACCUGAGGAGGAGACGCAGACGGUGUACUGGAACCCAUGUCCUGCAGACAUAGAUAGAGCAGUGAUCCCACCUUACAGCCCGACAUCCCCUCAGCACUGCCUUUGGGACCCCCAGGUGGAGGAUGGUAUCGCUGCUCAGAGCGCUCUCUCUCUGUCUGCUGGUCAGCUCCGUUUCUGUGGGGAGGGGGGAGUUCCUUGACGCACCCCCCGACCAUGCCUUGCUCUCGCUGGCGGAGAAGGAGACGGUGCUGCCCUGCCGUUACCGGGACGACCCCGGGGUCAAGUCGACGGUGAUACAGGUCAGCUGGUACAAAGAGGGGCCCGGCGGCGGCCGGGACCAGAUCAUGGCUGCCCAUCAUCAGGACGGACAGACAGCGUUCGGGCCGUGGUCAGGCCGUGUGCGGUUCCAGAGCAGCGAGCCCAUGGUGGACUCCAGCCUGGUCAUCCUGACCACGGAGGUGGUGGACGAGGGCAGCUACACCUGCCACAUCAGCACCUUCCCAGCCGGGAACUUUGACCAGAAGCUGACACUCACUGUCUGGACUGUCCCCAUCUCCUCCCUGGACCCGGUCAUCCUGGUGGAGGGCCAGUCGUACCGUCUGGCCGCCGCCUGUCGCUCCGUGGCCCGCCCGCUGCCCAGCCUCUCCUGGGACACCGACCUCAACGGCCAGUCCACCAACCGCUCCUCCGACACCGGCUCCGUGUCCUCCCACUACUCCCUGCACCCCCUGCGGAGCAUGAACGGCAAGAAGCUGGACUGCCUGGUCUCCCACCAGUCCCUGAAGGAGCCUCGGAGGCUCCGCAACAACGUGGUGGUGCACUACCCCCCCAACGCAGAGGUGUCCGGCUACAGUCCGAGCUGGUUCGUUGGCAUGGAGACGGCGAUGCUGCACUGUCGGAGCGGGGGAAACCCCAUACCUGAGGAAUUCACCUGGACCAGGCAGGGAGGGGAUCUCCCACAGGGAGUCAUUCCUCACCCCAACGGCACGCUGGAGUUCGGGCGCCCUCUGAGCGCGGGGGACGGGGGCGUGUACCAGUGCGUGGUCAGGAACGUCGUGGACAGCAGCAAGGCGACGGUCGAGCUGAAGGUGGCCGACGAGCCCCAGAAGGAGGCGGAGCCGGACAACCUGCUCCUGAUUGGUGUGGGCGGGGCGGCGGGCGGUCUGCUGCUGCUGAUGUUGGUGGUCAUCGUCAGCGUGACGUGUCACCACAAGCGCCGCAACAAGAAGCUGGAGCGCCAGCUCACCGUGAAGGACAAUGAGAUCAGCAACCUGGUCCGCCAGGCCUCCUUCAGGAGGGUCAACUCGGACCAAAUGGACUCAAUAGAACAGAUGACAGAGAAGAACUCCCUGAGGGUUGAGGGAACGAUUCGAGCCAGCCUGUCGUCCCUCGGGGACCAGGCUCUCAGUCGGGACAGUCGCUCCACCCUGUCGGGCGGGUGGGCCGGUGUAGGGGGAGGAGGAGGAGGAGGGGGCGGAGGGAUGCUGCUGGACCACCUGGGUCGGCCGUCGCUGACCAACGGGUCGCGGCGAGGGGGCAGCCGGAUCCUGGAACGGGACGAGGAGAAGAGGCUCCGCAUGGAGUCCUACGCCAGGAACAGCACCAUGUCGCUGCAGGACAAGCAGAGGAUGCACCCCCCCCUCCUCCCGUCCCCCGUCCCGGUGCUCCACUCCACCGAGAUCCUGCGCACCCGCCAGCCCCACGGCACCGACGACGGAGGAGGAGGAGGAGGAGGAGGAGGAGGAGGAGGCGGCCGGAUCGCCAACGGCACGCGCAACAUGCAGCCCCCGCCGCUCCGCUGCGGCUACCCGACCCGGGGCGACGAGGAAGACGAGGAGGACGAGGGUCUGGGCGGCCUGAUGUGUCCUGAGGUCCAGGGGCGGCUGGUGCACGGCGACCGCGACGGCGACGGCGGGCACCCCGACGACGACGACGACGACGACCCCUACGGCAGCGAGACCCACAGCUCGCUGAUGAUGGACGCCCAGCAGGUCCACUUCCAGCCGCAGGCGCCGCAGCACCACCUGACCAACGGGACGCUGAGACCCAAGAGCCGCUCCCCCCUCCCGAACCCCCACGCCUCCCACAUCCACAAGGCCCAGAUCGUUUAGCCGGGGGUGGGGGGUGGG